AUGGCGCUAUCAUGGCUCCCAAUCAACCUAGGUUAUAAGGAAAGAGAACUUCUUGACCACUUUAUAUAUACUGCGUCCUCCACGCUGGCUAUUUUCGAACCUGACGAGAACAAAUUCAUGAGUCUUUUGGUGCGUCUAGCUCUUUUAGAUAGUUCACCGUCUUCUAUGGCUGUGCUACAAUCGGCUUUGGCGCUCUCGAUGUUCCACCGGCAUGGUCUGCAAGCAGAUGUUUUUCGGUUCAAAGCGCGGGCUCUCCAUGCACUGGUCACAUCUUGCACUCCCUGUGUUGAAAGUCUCACGGUAGUUCAACAUAUUGCGGCUAAUAUGAUACUGUGCCACCUUGAGAUGCUCGGAAUGCCAAAUGCAGUAUCCCUGUGGUUCUGUCAUUUGAGCGAAGCUAAACGUUUAAUCGACAACGCAGGCAUUGACAGCCAAUAUUUGCAACGCGAAUUUUCCGGACUUCUAGGCUGGGUAGAGUAUCAUGUGGUCAUGAGCCGGUUCAGCAUCCGACACUGGUAUAUAAAUGAAGAGCCUAUUAAAGGAAUCAAAAAUUCUGUACCUGUGGACCAGGGUACUUGCCAGUCACGAAAGGUUAAAGAUGUGUCGUACUGCUCACAUGAAAUUCUUCGAUAUUUGUAUUUCAUGUUCGAGAUGAUUCGACAACCGACAGACUUACUAUACCACAACGACGAAUACGAAAGUUCCUUGCGUUGCCUCGAAAGCAGGAUAACUAAUAUUGUCCCGUUGGCACCAGAAGGUAUAUCGGAUACCAUGUCUGGCCUGAGCACAGCCUGGGUGGCUACAAUAGAGCUUUUCAAACUAGCUUCUCUAAUUUACCUUACGAGAGCUUCGCGGAACUUUUCAGGAACCUCCCCUCAAAUUGACGCAAUGGUUGAGAGGGCGUAUUUACGUCUCGACGACCUGGAGGCCUUCAAUCCGGCCUUUCCACUGCUGAUUAUUGGAUGCGAGGCUCGGACAGAUGAGCGGAGAAUGAGAAUUCUCGAGCAUAUUGAAAGAGCAAUAAAGACCUCGAGUUUGAGGAGCUUGCAGGGACUACCAAACAUUCUCCAGCAGAUAUGGGUCCAGGACGACCUUGCUGUUAACUAUGAGCUAGACUACUUGAAUAGGUUGGACGCUGUAAUAACUUCUUACCGGAUUAUGCCAAGUUUUGUCUAA